GAAGUUAAAUGAUUUGUCUAGGAUCAUAAAAGCUUUUUGGUACUGAUACUGGGAUUUGAUCUCAGGUUUUCCUGAUUUCAGAAGACAGGUAAUGAAGUAGGAAUAGAACUAAGUAGAGAAAUAGAACCAGAAGAAAGCAGUGUCAUUUAAUAGGAAGAGUACAGUGUCAAAUUUUGCUGGGAGAUCAAAAGGAAAUGACUUUGGAUUUUUACAGUUGGGAUAACUUUGAAGACUGCAGUUUUAGUUGAGUGGUGGAGCUAAAUUGUAAGGAGUUGAGAAGUGGUUGGGAAGUACGGAAAGAGAAGAAAAGAAUGUAGUUUUUUUGUUUUUGUUUUUGUUUUGGAUUUUGAGUUAAUGAAUUAAGAGACAUUUAAGAUUAUAGAGAGAAGAGUUGAUUGGAGAUGGCAAAGGUAAAAGCAAACUUCUGAAAAGAGGUUAGGAUCAAGGACAUAAAUAGAUGAGUUAACCUUUGCAUGAAGGACCACCUCUCUCCUGUCCUAAAAUAAGGAAGAAGGAUCAGGAGAUCAUAUUGAAGGAUUCUGAGGAAUAAAAUUGGAAUAAAGGAGUAACCCAUAACAGAUGGCCUCAGUUUUCUCAGUAAAGAAAGGCAGACCUUUGCUCAUAGUAAGUAUGGAGAAGAUAAUGUGGAUGGUUUGAAGGCAGUUUUGGAAUACAUACUUUGGAGUAUAUGGAAGGAAAUAAGUUAUGGAAGAACAAAAAUAAUAGCUUUCCUUUACAUAGUGAUUUAAGUUUUGCAAAUAUCUUAUGUAAUUUUUCAAUAACCCUGGGAAUUAUUCUCUUUUUUACAGAUGAAGAAAUGGAAGCAUACAGAAUAACUUGCUCAGAUUCACACAGGAAGAAAGUAUCUGAGAUAACUGGAUGGAUCCAGAAUCCCUAUAAUCAAAACCAGUUAGUGCUGAGCAUGUGGUCUUUCCAGUAUCCUGAAAGAUUUGGCAGGAGGAAGUAUAUGGGAUAGGAAGAACUCUGAACUCAAGGUCACUGUCUAUAACUUCCUUACUGGUUUCCUUACAGCAUGUCUCGAUCACGACAACCUCCACUUGUAACAGGAAUUUCUCCAAAUGAAGGUAUCUCAUGGACAAAGGUUACAAUCAGAGGAGAAAACUUGGGAACUGGACCAACUGACCUCAUAGGUUUGACAAUUUGUGGACACAAUUGCCUCCUUACUGCAGAAUGGAUGUCUGCCAGUAAAAUAGUAUGUCGAGUGGGACAGGCCAAAAAUGACAAGGGUGACAUCAUUGUCACUACAAAAUCGGGAGGUAAAGGAACCUCUACAGUAUCUUUCAAGCUUCUCAAGCCAGAAAAGAUUGGUAUCUUGGAUCAGUCAGCUGUCUGGGUUGAUGAAAUGAAUUAUUAUGAUAUGCGCACUGACAGAAAUAAAGGAAUUCCUCCAUUGUCCUUACGUCCUGCUAAUCCUCUUGGCAUUGAGAUUGAAAAAGGCAAAUUUCCCCCAAAAGACUUGGAAACACUCUUCCAUGGAAUGAGUGCUGAUUUUACUAGUGAAAACUUCUCAGCUGCCUGGUAUCUGAUAGAGAACCAUUCAUCUACCAGCUUUGAGCAGCUCAAAAUGGCAGUCAGCAACCUGAAGAAACAAGCAAAUAAGAAAAAUGAAGGGAGUCUAGCAUAUGUGAAAGGAGGUCUUAGCACUUUUUUUGAGGCUCAAGAUGCCCUCUCAGCUAUCCAUCAAAAACUGGAAGCUGAUGGAACUGAAAAAGUAGAAGGAUCUAUGACGCAAAAACUGGAGAAUGUUCUGAACAGGGCAAGUAACACUGCUGAUACAUUGUUUCAAGAAGUCUUAGGCCGAAAGGACAAAGCGGAUUCUACCAGAAAUGCAUUAAAUGUUCUUCAGCGUUUUAAGUUUCUCUUCAAUCUUCCUCUAAAUAUUGAAAGGAAUAUUCAAAAGGGUGAUUAUGAUGUAGUCAUUAAUGACUAUGAAAAAGCCAAGUCGCUCUUUGGGAAAACGGAGGUGCAAGUUUUCAAGAAAUAUUAUGCUGAAGUAGAAACACGAAUUGAAGACUUAAGAGAACUACUACUGGACAAAUUGCUUGAGACUCCAUCUACUCUACAUGAUCAAAAACGUUAUAUAAGAUAUCUUUCUGACCUCCAUGCUGAUGGAGAUCCUUCUUGGCAGUGUAUUGGAGCACAGCAUAAAUGGAUCCUUCAACUCAUGCACAGUUGCAAAGAGAGUUAUGUAAAAGACUUAAAAAGCAGUACAGUACUACAUAGUCCAAUGCUGGAGCUGGAUAAUGAUAUGCGUCCUUCUGCAAUGAUUCAUCUUAGUCAGACAGCUUCGCUAAAAAGGGCCAGCAGUUUUCAAUCUGGUCGAGAUGAUACAUGGCGAUAUAAAGCUCCCCACAGGGUGGCCUUUGUAGAAAAGUUGACUAAACUUGUUUUAAGUCAACUCCCUAAUUUCUGGAAGCUCUGGAUUUCCUAUGUAAAUGGAAGCCUUUUCAGUGAGACUGCUGAGAAAUCAGGACAAAUGGAAAGAUCAAAAAAUGCAAGGCAAAGGCAGCAUGAUUUCAAGAAAAUGAUUCAGGAAGUGAUGUACUCACUUGUUAAACUGAUCCGUGGAGCAUUACUUCCAUUCAGCCUCAAGGAAGGAGAACUAAGACAAUAUGGUGGAUGGGAGAUGAAGUCUGAACUCUCUGGUCAGUGGCUGACUCAUGUCAUCCAGACUGUAAGGCUUACUUAUGAAUCCUUGACUGCCCUUGAAAUACCCAAUGAUUUGUUACAAAACAUCCAGGAUCUUAUUCUGGAUCUACGAGUACGUUGUAUAAUGAUCACCUUGCAACACAGUGCUGAAGAUAUAAAAAGACUAGCUGAAAAGGAAGACUGGAUUGUUGAUAAUGAAGGCCUGACAUCUUUACCAUCUCAAUUUGAACAAUGCAUUGUACAUUCCUUGCAGUCACUCAGAGGGGUUCUGGAAUGUAAACCUGGAGAAACUAGUGUUUUUCAGCAGCCUAAAACACAGGAAGAGGUUUGCCAGCUAAGCAUCAAUAUCAUGCAGGUUUUUAUAUAUUGUCUUGAACAAUUGAGUACCAAGCCUGAUGGAGACAUAGAUACUACACACCUUUCAGUUGAUGUUUCCUCUCCUGAUUUAUUUGGAAGUAUCCAUGAAGAUUUCAGUUUGUCUUCAGAGCAGCGACUUUUGAUAGUCCUAAGUAAUUGCUGUUACCUAGAACGUCACACUUUCUUAAAUAUAGCUGAACAUUUUGAAAAGCACAACUUUCAAGGAAUAGAAAAAAUAACACAGGUUAGCAUGGCUUCACUGAAAGAGUUAGAUCAAAGGCUAUUUGAAAAUUACAUCGAGUUGAAAGCAGAUCCUAUUGUUGGCUCCUUAGAACCUGGAAUUUAUGCAGGCUAUUUUGAUUGGAAAGACUGCUUGACUCCAACAGGUGUCAGGAAUUAUUUAAAAGAAGCAUUGGUUAAUAUAAUAGCUGUGCAUGCUGAGGUAUUCACCAUUUCUAAGGAAUUAGUACCUCGUGUAUUGUCUAAGAUAGUGGAAGCCGUGUCUGAAGAGUUAAGUCGAUUGAUGCAAUGUGUUUCAUCUUUCAGCAAAAAUGGAGCUUUGCAGGCAAGGCUUGAAAUCUGUGCUUUGAGAGAUACAGUGGCCGUUUAUCUAACACCUGAAAGCAAAUCUAGUUUUAAACAAGCUUUGGAAGCCUUGCCUCAACUCUCAAGUGGAGCAGAUAAAAAGUUACUUGAAGAACUCCUGAACAAGUUUAAAAGCAGGAUGCACUUGCAGCUUACCUGUUUCCAAUCUUCUCCCUCCCCUAUGUUGAAAACAUAGAUACAUGUCAGAAAAUAGCCAAGUAAAGGGAAAGGGGCAAAAAACUUCCCUUUAAAUGUUAAGAUACUUGGUGUUCAAGUGUUUGGAUGGUUAAAUUUUUUUCUGAUUGACAGCUUAGUUAGAACCUGGCAUGUGGUAGGCUUUCAAACAAAAGGAAUCAUUUGAAAUGCCCAAGUAGUGUUUGCUUAGUCAUCUCUGUUGGUUUGGGUCCCAACAAAAUGUUAAAAAUAUCUUUUCAAAAUAGAUUUUUCCUAGCCAUGUGUUGGAUAAAGAAUAUUGAAUGAAUUAUCUUUUUAGUGAGUGUACUAUUUAAAUGAAAUAAACUGUAGGUUCGCUCUAUA